AUUUCUGUGAUUUAUUAUUUUUCCUGGCGCAUGUGCAAUCUGUGAUCGAUUCUUCAGGUCUGCUGGUUUUCAAGAUGGCGCCGCUCUCAUCUUCCACAUGUGUAUUGUUCAGUGAGGCAGUUCGGGCUGUUUUGGAAACGUGGCCGGUGCUACAAAUCGCGGUGGAUAAUGGUUUCGGGGGCGCGCACAGUCAGCAGAAAGCGGAGUGGAUGGUGCACGCGCUGCAGCAGUACUUCAUCGAUAACGAUGAGCUGCAGCAGGACGAGGUGGAGGAGUUCAUCUCUGACCUGAUGAACAACGAGUUCGACACGCUCGUGGACGACGGCAGCUUGCCGCAGGUGGCGCAGAAGGUGUGUGAGAUGUUCCAGCAGUGUCAGCAGGACAGACUGACGGAGGUCAGAGAGCAGAUCAAGCAGAUGAUUCAGAAGAAGAGCGCUGGGAGAGCAAAGGCCACACCUGCUAAAACACCUGCUGCUGCUGAUGAUGAUGAUGAUGAGAGUGAAGAUGAAGAGGCUAUGGAGUGUGAUGGAGGUGCAGAUGGAGCUCCAGUCAACGGUGCAGCAGCGAAGGAGCAGCAUCUUCCUUCUCGGGCCGCGAGUCAUGAGGAAGAGGAUGAUGGCUGGACAGUUGUGCGCAGGAAGAAGUGACCGCACUUAAUGUAUUAGAACUGAUACAUUUCUUCAUUUAAGACAUUUUAAGGGCUUCUCUGUUUUUCCAGCCCUGAAUACUUCUGUAUUCACAACCAUGAUAAACUCCUGAAACCCACAGAAUGGUGCAUCUGACUAAUGUUAAAACAGAUGGAUUUCCUCACUGGACCUCUUCCAUGGGUUUCCUUUAGAAAUGCUUAGUUUGGAGCACACAGUCUAAUGAAAUCAAUUUGUGUAUGCUUUGUAACUGGUCUGGACAUUUUCAUGGUCCAGUUGU